ACAUUCUUCGUCCUUUUCUCAUUUCACUGCCUAUGCUUUCCAAUUCUGAAUUCAUUUCUCCGUAUGACUACGGGUGGAAAUGCUUGGUUAUUGGGCUGCUGAUCCCGGUAAAUUUACCGGCUGCAAAUUCUAAAAUUACUGGGGACAUUUUUACUGAUCCCGGCGGUGGUGAACUUAUUUCUAAAGAUAAUGCAUACUAUAAAGCAUGGCUGGAUUGGGCAAACAUUUGCCCUAGCGAAGCGCAAUGAGUCUGAAGGGAGGAAGUCACGAAUUCGGCGUUCAAAGGAGGAAAGGAAGACAAUGGUUGAAUCCUUUAUAAAGAAGUAUCAGAGCUCAAAUAAUGGGAAUUUCCCAUCACUUAAUCUCACACACAAGGAAGUUGGUGGCUCUUUCUACACAGUACGGGAGCUUGUGCGAGAGAUAAUCCAAGAAAAUCGAGUUCUGGGUCCUGCUCAACUCACUCCAGAUGAGCUGAACAUGAAUCAGUUUGAUGAACAAUAUCCAUUAGGUUCAAUUGCUAAAGAACCUCAAGCUCCGUUGAACAUAAUAUUGAGUGCAAGUCAUGAUCAGGGUGCAAGCAAAGAACCAGUUGCGAUUUUUGAUGGGCUAUGCAGCGAGCAUGAAAAGCAAAGGUUUGACAAUGAGGGAGUCAUCAAUGGGGGCCAAGUAGUUAUAGAAAUUGAAGAAUCUGCUAAAAGGACAUCUCAAGAGUUGCAAACAUCCAAGGGAAGUCAAUUUAUGCCCAACCACAAUCAGGGUUUUAGCAAAGAACUGGUUGCAAUUUCUGAUGAGCUCUGCAGUGAGAAUGAAAAGCAAAAGUUGGACAAUGAGGGGCUCAUCAAUGGAAGCCAGGUGGUUGUGGAAGUUGAGGAAUCUGCUAAGAGGACAUCCGAAGAGUUGCAAACUAGUAAACCAUCAGAACCAGAGGAAAGAGUUGAAAAAGUGGCAGGUGACAAUGAGGGAGUCAUAUAUGGAAGCCAGGUGGUUGUGAAAGUUGAAGAAUCUGCUAAAAGGACAUCCAAAGUGUUGCAAACUAGUAAACCAUCAGAAGCACAGGAAAUAGUUGAAAAAAUAGCAGCUGACAAUGAGGGAAUCAUCAAUGAAAGCCGGGUUGUUGUGGAAGUUGAAGAAUCUGCUAAAAGGACAUCUGAAAAGUUGCAAACUAGUAAACCAUCAGAAGCACAGGAAAGAGUUGAAAAAAUAGCAGGUCACAAUGAGGGAGCCAUCAAUGAAAGCCAGGUGAUUGUGGUAGUUGAAGAAUCUGCUGAAAGGACAUCUGAAGAGUCGCAAACUAGUAAACCAUCAGAAGCAGAGGAAAGAGUUGAAAAAUUAGCAGCUGCUAGAGCUAGAGCAACUCUCUUCUCAGCAGAAGUAGUGGUAGAGGAGUUUCCUCCCAGAUCUGUCCCUAAGACCGCUGAAAGCUCCAGUGAAAGACCUGGAGUAGAGAAUUUAACUGAAACUUCAAAGGAAAAUGAAAUUGAAAAGUUAGUCAUAAAUUCAGACAAUGGCAGUGCACCAUUAGAUCAAAUAAAUUCAUUGGAGAAAAUAGGAGAAAACCCUUCAGAUAAAGUUUUGUAUAAAAAUUCUGAUAUGGUAGAGAAUUCUCCAGACUUACAAGUGAAAAUCUCAAAUUUCUCUAGUACUAGAGCCCCUGCACCUAAAACUCUGGUCAACAAAGAAGUUGAGGUUGAAUUUUCUGAUAAUGAUGCCUUAACUUCUGAGAUGCCUGAAAAAGCCCAAAGUAUUGAUGACACUAAGGAAGUAAAUGCCCCAAAUGGCAAGAUUCCCAGCUGCACUUACAGCAGCAGGGUCCAAUCAAGAACAGCAAAAGAAACUGUGUUCGAAAAUAAAGUUGAUAUUCAACAAAAAGACGGUUUGCAGAAAGGAAGCAAUCCAAAAUUAGAAAGAAUUAAAAUAGAAUCAUGGGAUGGAGCAUCAAGAAAUUGUGCUGAAAAGGAAACAAAUCCAUUGUUGGAUGCUUUCAAAUCUUUCAUCAAUGCCUUCAUAAAAUUUUGGUCCGAAUAAAAGUAUUGUAGAGGUUGUGUCAUUUUGCAACUGAAAUGUUUUUGGGAGUGGAUGAAUCAUGGAGUGCUUUUGUUGAAGAGUAUGGUUAAUUAGUACAGUAAUUAUCUUACAAUCUGAAAGAUCUACCCCAUGCUCAAACUUUGCAUGAGUUAUUUAGUUUAUCAAUAAAACCAGGUGUGCAUUUGAGUAUA